AGCAAGCAGCGCUGCCACGUAACGAUGGAUCAAUAAGUUAAAAUAAGUUUGUGGUGCCGCAAAAUACAUGUAUUAACGCCAAAUUUUAUAAAAAAUUGUGAUAUUAAGUAUUUCAUUUGUAUUGUGUGAUAUAAACACUAACUCUCUAUCUGUGAACGUAAAAGUGCAUUCGAUAACAGACUUGCGUGUUUGUAAAACAUUUUGAUGCCUCCCGUUAGCACAAGUUUCGCUGGUUGGUCUCCUGGCGUCCAUAUUUGUGUAUCUCUGGCUGGCCAGACUGAUAUGGAGCACUAUUGAAGAUGCGCGCCCCUACCCCCUCCGAGCCGAAGUCUACAUUUCCUACCUACCAAGUGCCUCAAAAGUCAGCCAUGAGGGGCAGCGCACCCCCAGUACAAGUUGCAGGGCCAUCUUGGGGGGGUCGAGCCGAUCCCCCAAGUAGUACCCGUUGCGCCGAUGAAGGCGCUCUGUCUGUGAUAUCCGGCUCAAGUUGCCGUUCAAUCGACAACUCUAAUAUUAGAAUGCAAUCUGUGACCGAAAAUUGUCUUCUGAACUCUGUUACCGUACCAAAUAUGCAACGUUUAGACCAUGGCAUGGUCACCCACAAUAAUAGCUUUAAGUUAGUUAGUAAGUUUGGUGCUUUACUCCCCGGACGAGACAUUCCCAAUCAAAAGUCUGAUGACCUCGAACUACUACGCGAUGACCUCAAUGUACUGAAUUCAACUAAAUACGAUACUAAAACACUCUGCGAUAACAACGAUGAAAAAGACGACCAUGAUGCAUACCAAAUGUCGAACAUUGAAACUCAUACUUGCACAAAUAAUGACAACAGCUAUCAAGAGCUGUACAAGCCUUUGAGACUUAGAGGGGGAGGCGAGAGUUCCCUUAGCACUGGUACUUCUGGAUGGGGCACGCCACCUUCUCAACAAUCUGGUAACAACAAUGCAAAUAAGAGCAAUGGCCAGCAACCACCUACCUCCCAAUCAAACAACACUGGUUGGGGUCAACCUGGAACGAAAUCUGCAAACAACAAUGCAAUGCCACCUAAUAGUCAACCUCCUACCUCUACUGCUAAUUCUCAGAACAACAACGGACCAAGCAACAAUACCAAACAACAAUUGGAACAACUCAACAGUAUGAGGGAAGCCAUUUUUAGUCAGGAUGGCUGGGGCGGACAACAUGUCAAUCAAGAUACAAACUGGGACAUUCCCAGCAGCCCUGAGCCCCCUAUGAAAAUGGAUGGUUCCGGAGGUCCACCACCAUGGAAACCGGCUGUGAAUAAUGGUACCGAAUUAUGGGAAGCGAAUCUUCGAAACGGUGGACAACCUCCUCCGCAACCUCAACAGAAAACCCCUUGGGGUCACACACCCUCUACGAACAUAGGUGGUACUUGGGGCGAGGACGACGACGCCGACACUUCUAAUGUUUGGACCGGCGUACCAUCAAAUCAACCGCAAUGGGGUGCUGGUGGAAAUACGAAUAACGGAGCCAUGUGGGGCGGUCCCAAAAAAGAAAAUGAUUGGGGUACAGGUGCAAGUAAUGCUGGUGGCUGGGGUGAUCCACGUGCAGCUGAUCCACGCCAAACUGGUAUGGACCCUCGAGAAAUCCGCCCAGAACUGAGAGAUAUGCGGGCAGGUAAUACAGAAACCAUGAGAAUUAUGGAUCCAAGAGAGACCAUGAGGCAAAUGUCUAAUAGUGAUAUGAGAGGAGAUCCACGUGGUAAGUAUUACUGGAAGACUAAACGGAGCUGGAGCAGAAGCGUUUUGGGCCAAGGCACUCCUCAUGCAGCAUCUCAACCAAUACAUCAUCACAACAAAAUGCCAGUUCCUCCAGGUAACGGUACGGGCGGUUGGGAAGAACCAUCACCACCAUCUCAAAGACGUAAUAUGCCAAAUUAUGAUGACGGAACGUCUUUGUGGGGUAAUCCUCAACAAGCACUUAACCUAAAUUUGCACCCUACACUAGGCUCUCACUGGAAAGAUCUGCCCACAGGGGGAAGUAUGGGCCGUGGAGGUAAUCCUGCCGGACCACCUGGUAUGAAUCAAGCACGCGGCAUGAAGCAACCUGAAGGUUCGAUGUGGGGCGGACAUGGACGCAAUGGAUCUUGGGACGAAACGGGACCAGGUACAGCUUGGGACGAACCUGGUUCUUGGGCGAAACAGAAAAUGCCGGAUCCUCUAUGGGACGAAUCUGAAUGGGGACACAAACAACAGAGCAAACCCCAGCUUACCAAGGAAAUGGUUUGGAAUUCCAAACAGUUCAGGAUGUUGGUCGACAUGGGACAUAAAAAAGAAGACGUCGAAAAUGCUUUACGCUUACGCGCCAUGAACGUCGAAGAGGCUCUAGACCUCCUCAGCCCUAUGCGCAACAAUCGAGCAAACGACGGCUGGAAUACCCGUCACGACGAUCACUACGAACAUCCCCCGUUCUGUCAACGCUUUACUACCGGUCCUGGUGGCCAAUUGACUGGUUUCCAACCAGGAAACAAUGCUCCAAAUAUCUUAAACAACAUGUCGAAUCCGGGAACGAACAAUUCACUUAUUAAUAACAUUGCUCCUGCUGUCGUACAAAAGUUGUUGACACAGGGGGGUGGAUCUCAAGGUUUUGGGGGUUCUUCAGCGAAUGCGGGUAGAAAUAUCCAACCACAGUCUCAGCCUUCAACGCAACAACUAAGAAUGUUGGUGCAACAAAUACAGAUGGCAGUUCAGGCAGGGUAUCUCAAUCACCAGAUUCUUAAUCAACCUUUGGCGCCACAAACGUUGGUUCUCCUAAAUCAACUAUUGCAACAGAUCAAGAAUUUACAGCAGCUCAUAUCACAACAAUCAAUAGCUGGUACACCUAUCAACGGAAAACAGAAUAACGCAUAUAUGCAGUUCUCAGUACUCAUCACAAAAACAAAACAAUCAAUUGCCAAUUUACAGAAUCAAAUCGCUGCUCAACAAGCGACUUAUGUUAAGCAACAACAACACCAAAGCAGCAUGGGUGCCUAUGACUCAUUUAAAACUAAUCCCAUGCAUGAUUCGAUAAAUGCCUUACAAACCAAUUUUGGUGAUUUAGGCAUUAACAAAGAGCCUCAAAUGAACCCACAACAAUCACGACUUACCCAGUGGAUAAGUAAAGAUAAGGAUGAUGGAGGAGAAUUCAGUAGAGCACCUGGUUCAUCUUCCAAACCUCCUAAUACCUCGCCUAAUAUGAAUCCUCUCGUUCUGAAUCCAUCAGAUGGACCAUGGUCUACUGGUAGAACAGGAGAUACUGGUUGGCCUGAUUCUUCAACCAAUGAUAACUCGAAUGAUGUGAAAGACGCACAGUGGUCAACCACCACUCAACCUUCCCUGACUGAUCUUGUACCUGAGUUUGAACCUGGAAAGCCCUGGAAGGGUAAUCAAAUAAAAAUUGAAGAUGACCCCAGUAUUACACCUGGUUCGGUGGUGCGUAGUCCCCUGUCUAUAGCAACAAUCAAAGAUAAUGAACUUUUCAACAUGAAUCCCAGCAAAAGUCCCCCCGCCACUGACGGUAUACAAUCAUUAAGUCUCGGUUCAUCCACAUGGAGCUUUAAUCCAUCUGGUACCUCUACAUCAAGUGCGUUUACUAGUCCUCCUGGAAAAUUGCCAACUUCUAAAGCUUUAGGAGAUUUGAAUCCCUCGACUGCCGUAACCUCUGAACUUUGGGGAGCUCCCAAAUCAUCCAGAGGUCCUCCCCCUGGUUUAUCUGCAAAGGGAAGUGGUGCUAUAUCAAAUGGUUGGUCAGCCGUUAACACUAUGCCAUGGGGACCAGGAGGCCAAAGAACUUCCGGAAAUUGGGGAGGUUCUUCCCAAUGGUUACUACUUCGAAAUUUGACUGCUCAGAUUGAUGGGUCUACAUUACGCACAUUAUGUUUACAACAUGGUCCGCUCUUAAGUUUCCAUCUAUACUUACACCAAGGCUUUGCACUUGCCAAAUAUUCAUCUCGGGAGGAAGCUAUCAAGGCUCAGACCACUCUCAACAACUGUGUACUCGGUAACACAACAAUACUAGCCGAAAAUCCAACUGAUUGGGAUGCAAACACUUUGCUCCAACAAGUAGCCAGUCAACAGAGCGGCUCUUCCGGUGCAUGGCGAGGUUCAACCAAGCAACCCACCGGGGCAGACACCUGGAGUACCGGCUGGCCCAACAAUUCAAGCAGCACCAGUUUGUGGGCAGCUCCUCAACUCGACAACUCAGAUCCCGCUCGUGGCACCCCAUCUAGUCUAAAUUCUUUUCUUCCUAACGACCUCUUAGGUGGUGAGUCCAUGUAAGUUAAGGAUGAAACCAAAAUAUUCCAUCUUAGUUACAAGUGUUGAUAUCUCUCUCCGCG